CAAAAUUCAAAAUCUCUCAGCCUCACUCACUCUCUCGUAGCAAAUCGCAAUGGCGCUUUCCUCUGCAUUCCGCGAGCGCCUCGAGCAAAUGGAACACACCAGAUACCAACGUCUCUCUCUCCUCCAGGCAGAGAGAGAAUUGCAAGCGAGCAAGUCUCAGGUCUUGGCGUCAAAGCACGCAAACAUCAGGGCCAUGGAACAAAGGUGCUUGAUACUCGACCAAAAGAUCGCGUCUCAGAAUUUCAAGAUCUCGGCCCUCAAGUCCCAAAUUGAAAGCCUCGAUGCGAAAUACUGUUCAGAAUUGCAAGAUUUGAGGGUUUUGAAGAGUGAGGUGGAGGAGCUUGAGGAGUUGGAGAAGGAGAGGGAUAGGUUUUACGAAUUGAAGAGUUGCGAGAUGAAGGAGUUUAAGGAAAACGUAGAGAAGUUCGUCGUGGAAUGUCAAAUGCACGUCGAGGAAUUGAGGAAUACUGUAAAAGAGGUGAUGACUCCAGUCAAGCAUUACAAAACUCCAGGGCGACAGUGGAUAUUUUAAUAAUUCUGAGAUAUCUGCUGCUGAAAUGAGAAACUCUGAACUUAUAGACGUGAAGAAGAAUUUGGAUAGAAACUUGGCUUCUAAUUACCAAAAAAGAUCACAGUUACACGAGCAGCUUCAGAAAAUAUUGUAUUAAUUGCAAGUUUGUUGAUAAGAAGGUGCAGGCAACAAAAAUGAAAGCCAUAUUGUACAGAAGAAAGAAGGUUCAAAAGCAUAGCCUAUGUAAAGGGUAUGACUCCGCUGUCCUCAAUUUUUUAUUUUCUAUUUUCACUUCCCCCUCUUUGCUUCAAGUGGGAUAUGGGCAUUUAACUGUUAUCAUCUUCCAUAAUUGGCCUCAUGCUGAAGAUGGUAUAGCAGUAGAAAAGAUUUUCCUUGUCAAAAUAGAAUGAGGAUUGGUGCCCAUGACAUUAUAAAAUUAGUUUGUGGAUCA